AUGAAUCGCUUGCGUCACGUGAUCCGCACGUGCUCCAACCGACUCCUGGUUAUAACCCGCCACCUGGCAGACACCACUGCUCUAACAACCCCGACGCCCCUCCGCCACUCGUCUCCUCCUCUGCGCCGGCGGAUUUCUCGGUUCGAUUUUCUAUCCCCUUUCAAAAUCCUCCAAACGCUCCGAUCGAUCUCAAUCCCCUCCUCAACCCCUCUCGCGCUGGAUUCCAUGGGCUCCCCGGCGAAGGAAUCCGACCGCAUUCCCGACGAGGCGAGGAGGAUCCUCAAGUCGCUGGCGGCGGACUGGAGCGACAUCGCAGACGCGGAGGCUCUGCAGGUGGUCCCGCUCAAGGGGGCCAUGACGAACGAAGUGUACCAGAUCAGGUGGCUCACCAACGCCAGCCCCGGCGAGCCCCUGCCUAGAUCCAGGAAGGUGCUGGUCAGGAUCUACGGCGCCGGCGUUGAGGUUUUCUUCGAUCGCGAGAACGAGAUCCGUACGUUUGAGUUCAUGUCCAGGCAAGGCCAGGGCCCAAGGUUGCUCGGCCGGUUCUCUAAUGGACGAGUCGAGGAGUUCAUUCGAGCUAGGGUAAACGUGCCUUUUUUCUUUUCUUCUCCUUUUGUUUUUGGUUGGUUGUGCGUUAAGCUUUCUGUUCCUCUGUUCGUGUCGUCGAUGAGCUUUGCUUCUGAUGAAAAUGGAACAAUAUCUGUAUCUACACUUUCCGCGGCUGACUUGCGUGAUCCUGAGAUUUCUGCUCUUAUAGCAGCCAAAAUGAGGGAAUUCCACAAGCUAGAUAUGCCUGGACCCAAGACUGUUGUCCUAUGGGGUAGAUUGCGCAAUUGGCUUAAGGAUGCCAAACGUUUGUCUCUGAAGGCAGAAGCAGAGGAGUUUCGGUUCAAUGUCCUGGAAGAUGAAAUAUCAGAGCUGGAAAAGAAGCUCUCAACCGAUCAUCAACUUGUUGGAUUCUGCCACAAUGAUUUGCAGUAUGGUAACAUAAUGAUGGAUGAAGUGACCAAAUCAAUAACCAUCAUUGAUUAUGAAUAUGCGAGCUACAACCACGUAGCUUUUGAUAUUGCCAAUCAUUUUUGUGAGAUGGCUGCGGACUAUCAUACUGAAACCCCACAUGUCCUGGACUACAGUAAAUAUCCGGAUUUAGAGGAACGUCGAAGAUUCUUGUGUACCUAUUUGAGUGCUUCAGGUAACUACUACUUCCAAAUUCCAUAUAUUUUUACCAUCGACGAUCACCUUGCAGCUGUUUACUUUCCCGGCAAUAAACCCAGUGACAGAGAGGUGGAUCAUUUACUUCGGGAAGUGGAGAAGUACACUCUUGCAAGCCAUCUCUUUUGGGGCUUAUGGGGAAUAAUCUCGGAACAUGUCAACAAAAUCGAUUUCAACUAUGUCGAAUAUGCAAGACAGAGGUUUCAACAGUAUUGGAAAAGGAAAUCUGAAGUGCUGGCAUAGCUGAUGGGCGACAUUAAUUUUCUGCAGAAAAAGUUGUAAGAUACAAAUUCAUACAAAGACGAGUGUUUAAAGUAGGUUGAAUGAUUGAUGGUAUGUUAGAAGUGUACCAAAUCUAUGAACUGUAAUGGCUUAAAGGAAAUGUUCUGGCAGUAAACCCUAUGGCUAGGUACACGGUUGCUCUCGAGAAAAAUUCCUUUUUCUUUUUUUCUUUUUUUUUGCUCUAAAGUUUUUAUGAACACAGGUGAUAAGAAUUCUUGUUCAGUGAAUACAAAUUUGCAUUCCCUUUACCUGCUUUGUAUGAGUGGAAAUAAGUCGAGAAAACACUGGGUUCAGUCUAGUUAUAUUGAUUUCCAGUUGGGGUUAUAUUUUGUUGUCUUUUCCGCACAUUUUUCU